UAGGGUUUUUAACUCUCCUUUUCAAACUUGAAGAUAAUUGGCUCCUGGCACAGAUUUUUGAGAGAAAUUUUGCAAGUAAAAAUGCCAACUUUAACGAAGUUAUUCACAAUGGAAGAAGCUGCUGAGCACAACACUAAGGAUGAUUGUUGGGUCGUCAUUGACGGCAAGGUAUAUGAUGUUUCAUCUUAUUUAGACGAACAUCCAGGGGGAGAUGAUGUUCUACUUGGUGUUACAGGACAAGAUGCCACUGAUGAAUUUGAAGAUGCUGGACAUAGCAAAAGUGCGAGAGACCUUAUGGAGCAAUUCUUCAUUGGGGAGCUUGAUACAACAUCCUCUUCCAUCCCCGAACUUGAGAUUGUCAAGAAGGCGGGCAAAGAUGUUCCUCAGAAGUUUAUGGAAGUUACUAAGCAAUAUUGGUUCGUUCCAGUAGCAGUUGUUGGCAUCUCUGUCGUGGUUGGCUUCUUGUACACACGCAAGAAGUAAAAUCAGUUCGAUAUUCCAUUUUAGAUGUUAGUAAUAUUGUGCAACAUAGACUGAAAUUUUUUUUCGUCAUAUCUUUGGAGGUCCAGGAAUUUGGGACAUGAUAUUGCUGAAUGCCCAUUUUUGUUACUGUUUGAGAUGACGGGAAAUUUUCAACACCAAAUUAUCACAAAUAGGCAUUUGAAUACACAGUUGCUAUCAUUUUGUAGUUGAUAAA